CGCAACCAAGCUAUCCAUUCAAGAUCUCCAUUUUUUUGAAUGUCAGCCCUUUCCUACUAUGGUUGAGUUGACAGGGCCGGCGGCAAACGAAGGUUACAUUCUGCAAACGUUCAUACUCCACCGGUGCCUCGGUGGAUGUGUAACGACUCAAAAGGUCCAAAACUGCACAGUUAAACGCCAGGAAGAGAUCAUCUUACAGGUCAAUCGUAUGUUAGACCAUAAUAAGGAUUUAGAACCUUUGAAUAUCACCGUUUACAAUCAUACAGAGUGCGCCUGUGACUGCAUUACGCGCCAGUCGGAGUGUGACGACAAAAUCCACAACUUCGCCCAGGACCAGUGCAGGUGCAAAUGCAAACAGGACAAAAGCAGCUCGUGCAAAAAUGAGUCAGUCUGGAAUGAGAACAUCUGCAAAUGUGAGUGCAAAUCAGCACCCAAAUUUUGCGACAAGUCUCCAAACCAUGAAUGGAAUGCUGGCAUUUGCGACUGUGACUGCAAGCAGAAAGUCAAAGACCGAUGCAACACAGGGUGGAACAAUAACACAUGCGAAUGUGUGUGAGUGUCCGACACUGCGGCCAAAAUGCCUUUCAAGCGAAUCAUUGCUGAACUGUGCCUGCGUGCCGAACUUAGUCGUUACCAAAUGAAGAUCUCCAAGUGAAGUUAGUUUGAAUAAAAAAUGGAAUGUUUUGGUGAAGGGUUAUAUAGGAAAUAUUAGUUAGUGGAAUAUAUCAAGUACUUCUUAUUGUCUCAUCAGUUUCGUAACAAUAUGUAUGCAAUGCGUUAUGUAAGAUGCUCUUUAAGGAGCAGUCGCUCAAUAGGGACUUGACUCUUCGAUCGAAUUGCGUUAGGAAAACAUCACAAGACGAAGAUAGUUAGUAAAAGUAAAGUUAAUUACCGUUAUUUACUAAUAUUUGGGUUGGUCGACGGCCUAUCGAAGGAAAAUAAAACUGUCAUCUUCACUCCUAACGAAAGUCGUAUUCUAUUUUGAAAAACAAGCGUAUAAAAAAUCCAAUUUUUUUAAGAUUUAUCUUGAGAUUUUCCCACAAGUUACGAUGCCCCUGAUUCUAGUGUCGUCGCCCCCCGAAAACUAGACCCAUAACUACGCUCGUUAUGUCAUGAUUCAACGAUUGAAGAUAACGAGUGACGUAUGUGACGCACUCCAUAUACCGGUUCAUUAUUAACUAUGAAAGCGUUAGCUGGAGCUUACAAGAAAGCGUUUAU